AUGUGCCAGUCAGUGCCCUGUGGUCUAGCUGACAGUGUGGUGAUAGACGACAGACCAGACGGGACUAUCUCAGAGGUGCUUUCCCUAAUCAUUUCCGUAGGCAGACACACAUUCAUACCCAGCGCGGCCCCCGCCCCGCCCCGGCCCGGCCCCGCUCCGCCCCGCCGGCAUUGCGGCGCCGGUGCCGGUCAUGGCGGCGGCAGCGCGCCUGUUCCGCGGGGCUGCCUGGCGGCCGCGGGAGCGCUGGGCGGGCUGGGGCUGGCGCUGGGGCUGUGGCGGCGGCAAGCCGCGUUGGCGGCGGCUCGGGAGGACGAGGAGGAGAAGGAGCUGCGGCAGCGGUUCAUGGCGCCGCCGGUGAGCGGGCUGCGGGAGCUGCGGCGGCGGCGGCGGGAGCUGCGGAGCCGUAUGGAGCUGCUCAUCAUGGAGACGCAGGCGGAGGUGUGUCGCGCCCUGGCCGACCUGGACCCCGGUGCCUCCUUCGCUGUUGACAGCUGGGAAAGAAAGGAAGGCGGAGGCGGCAUCAGCUGCGUGCUGCAGGAUGGCGAGGUCUUCGAGAAGGCGGGUGUGAACGUGUCCGUCGUGUCCGGGCUUCUGUCCGAGGAGGCAGCGCGGCAGAUGCGGAGCAGAGGGAAGUCUCUGAAGGCCAAGGACGGGAAGCUGCCUUUUUGUGCCAUGGGUGUGAGCUCUGUUAUCCAUCCAAAGAAUCCUCAUGUUCCAACCAUGCACUUCAACUACAGAUACUUUGAAAUUGAAGAAGCAGAUGGAACUAAACAGUGGUGGUUUGGUGGUGGGACUGACCUCACUCCAACUUACCUGAAUGAAGAGGACGCCAUUCAUUUUCACAAGACUCUGAAAGAAGCCUGUGACAAGCAUGAUCUGAAGCUGUAUCCCAAGUACAAGAAAUGGUGUGACGACUACUUCUACAUCAAGCACCGUGGUGAGCGGAGAGGGAUUGGAGGCAUAUUCUUUGAUGAUAUGGACUCUCCCUCCAAGGAGGAAGUAUUCCAGUUUGUAAAGAGUUGUGCCAAAGCUGUCGUGCCUUGUUACAUUCCCAUUGUGAAAAAGCACUGCCAUGACUCCUUCACACCAGAGGAAAAGCUAUGGCAACAGCUUCGGAGAGGACGGUAUGUAGAGUUCAACUUGGUUUAUGACAGAGGUACAAAGUUUGGCCUCCUGACACCAGGAUCAAGAAUCGAAAGCAUUCUUAUGUCUCUGCCACUGACUGCGAGGUGGGAGUACAUGCACAACCCACCAGAGAGCUCCAAAGAAGCAGAAAUUCUGGAGGUUCUGCGAAAUCCCAAAGACUGGGUGCACUGACACAGAUCAUGAACAAGACUGAUUGCUUCCACUGAGCCAUUCUGAGAGAACAGGAAUACCUGCAAACCAGCCCAUUCAAGCUGCUGCUGUGUGGUGUUUCAGUGUGUCUAUUUAUACUCUUACCUCCUGCCUUAAUUAUGCUGUAGACUUGUUAGAACUUGCAAGUGUGUGAACUCAUUCUUUUAGACUGAUGGGCUAAUCUUUCAUCCCCUGUUGGUGUUGCCUUGUGAAGGUCUGGUGCAGGCCUCAGGGGGCUACUCUGCAUGCUUUAGAUGACUGCAAAAUGGCAAACUACUGUGGUGUCUUCAGGGAAAUGAAAGCAUUAUCUGUGCCUAAAUAGCACUGCUUACCCUUAUGAAAUGUUGGUGUGCUUAAAAACAUUUUUUUAAAGAAUAAAGGGAAUAUUUGGUAUUAUAUUAAACCUUAAACUGUGCUUUCAGGAA